AUGAAGCCGUUUGGAGUGUGUUUUCUGUUUAUUUGCUAUUUGAUUGUUAUAAUCGUAACAGAAUCCGUCCAAGAAAAAAAUGUUCAACAAUACAGCGACAUUUUUCUGAAAGAUUUACCACUUUACUACUGUCGUCCUCCUCUUAUCACUGAUGACGGUGUCGUUGAACGAACCUGCAAAAUUACAUUCUCUGCAGACAUACCUCAGUCUGCAAAAGCUAGAGCAAGAGCAGCCUCCAAUAUUAUCGCGAAGAGAGGAAAUCAAUUUAAAAAUUUCAUGUUGGGUAAGGACACUUCCAAAGAUGUGGGCAGUAGAGUUCAAAAAGGAUCAUAUAUACCAGUAAAAUCGAGCGGGAAAAGAGACGAUUCGACUUCGACUGCUUAUGGUAUUUACACGGGACCCAGUGACAUGGACAUUUUUCAAAAAUGGCUGUCGUCGUUUUAUUUACAAUAG